UACCGCCUUUGCAACAGAGGUGCUGUCACAGAGGGAGGAUGAACAACCAGAAAUGUAGCACUUUAUUUCAGAAACCGAGGGGACGGACGAGAAUAAUACAAUGUAUCUACGUGGUGGGCUUCAUGGAUUUGUUUGGGGUGAGCAUGAUCAUCCCACUGUUGAGCCAUCAUGUGAAAGCUCUUGGAGCAAGUCCCACCGUGGCUGGUAUAGUAGGAUCAACAUAUGGGAUCUUACAGCUCUUCUCAAGCACAAUAGUUGGCAGCUGGAGUGAUGUUGUGGGACGGCGGUACUCUCUGCUAACCUGCCUGCUGCUAAGUGCAUGCGGCUAUGGCCUGCUUGGGAUGUCCACCAGCAUUGCUCUGUUUGUCCUCGCACGGAUACCUGUGGGGCUGUUCAAGCACUCCCUAUCCAUCUGCAGAGCCCUGCUGUCUGACCUGGUGUCAGACUCAGAGCGCCCCCUGGUGAUGGGAUACUUUAAUGCAGCCUCUAGUGUUGGCUUCAUCCUGGGUCCAGUUGUUGGUGGCUACCUAACAGAGCAUGAAGGCGGUUUUUAUACCUCCUCCUUUAUGUGUGCCACCAUCUUUCUGAUUAAUGCAGGCCUGGUGUGGAUGCUACCCUGGAGUGAAGCCCUAAAUUGCCGUAAUGACACUGAUUCCAGCAACAACACAAGUAAAGGUUGUCAUGACAACAACUGCAGGAAGUUGAUUCAGAAUGGCUCUCAUGCAAAUGAACACCGCCCAGUGUUUGCAGCAGAGACCAAUCACAGCUCCAGACCUGCAGGGAAGCACCCAGGUGGCAUCAGGUGGAGGGAGGUGUCUCUGCUUCAGCCUAUCUGGAACCAGCUCUCCUCAGUGGGCUCAAAGAUCCACAUGGUGGCCUCCUCAGACAUGUGGGACCUCUUCCUGGUGCGCCUCCUCAUGGCUGUAUCUAUCAUGCUUUACUACAGUAACUUCUCCUUGGCAAUGGAGGAGCGUUUCUCUCUCAAACCAAAGGUGACAGGGUACCUCAUCAGCUACAGCAGCACCUUAGGGGCCCUGGCUGGGUUCCUAGUGGGUCCUGUCACCCAGCUGUAUGGAAACAACAUGCCUGCUCUGCUGCUUCACUCAACAGUUCUCACCUGCCUGCUCAUUUUCUUGUACGCAUCUGCAGCCGGAGUGUGGCUGGUGGUGCUCACCUCCACCUUCUUUGCCAUUUCCACCUCUAUCGGACGGACGUGUAUCACAGAUCUGGAGCUGCAGAGAGGAGGGGUCCAGGCCAGUGGGACUCUGAUAGGAGCAGGGCAGUCGGUCACAGCCGUUGGCCGGGUCCUGGCCCCUCUUCUUUCUGGUCUGGCCCAGGAGUUCAGCCCGUGUGGUCCCCCUAGUCUGGGAGUGGUGUUAGCUUUAGCAGCUGUAGGUUUACUACUUAUCAGGAUCCCCAAAUGGGAUGGGAGGGGGAUGACAAAAGCCAAACUCUGAAAGUCAGAGUAACUGGAUGAAUGUAAAAUAAUCAAUCAAAGCAUAUCUUCCAGAAAGAGAAGUGCUCUUAUCUUUGAAGAGGCCAGCUGUGAAGAUGAGCAGUGAGAAGUAGAUCCUGCUCAAAACAAGUCUGUAGAUGAGAUGAAAUCACAGACUAAAACUGGCACUUCAUCACCAGCAUCGCAGUUUCUCCGUUGGGACCUGCUUUAGGUGAAGUCAGGAAUAAGAGAUAAAGUUUAAUCUGCAUCCUCCAGUGACAAAGUUUGGGCUCAUGUUGCCUGCAACAGCUUAUGUGGAAAUAUGUUUUUAUUUAAAUGUAUUUCUGUAACCACCACACUGUCAAGAGUCUGUCCCUGCUGAUGAUGACAAGUAAAAUCCCUUAAUUUAUAUCAAUAAAUGCAAUCAAACUUUAGCUGCUGGUUAGAUAAUCGGGAUUCCUGAGAGUUGGUAACACUAGUUUGGUUUUGGAGUUUGCCAUGAUAAAACACUUUUUUAAACUUCAAAUCCAGGUAUUUUUCUUCCAGAAAUGUACCAUAAAUGGUUCCUACUGUGGUACAAAAGCAAAGCUUGCUAGUUUACUUCUACACAGAUCUGUUUAUUUAUAAUGGGUUUUGUUUUUAAAGGAGAUUUGAAUAUAUUUGAUUGGACUUUUUAGUUUUUACUCUGAGCACUACUGUUGUUUUACACUGUUAAAUGUCGGAAACAGACUUGUAUAAAUGAAUGUAAAGAUGUCAGAAAAUCCAUGACGUAAGAGCCAGAAUCUUAUAAAUG